AUGGUCAGUAAAUCCAAAAGAACCCAUUCUUUGGACCUUUUUGUCAAUGUCCUCAACAAAAAUGUGAUUGGAUAUUUCAACAUGGUUCGACUCGUAUCCCAAUCCAUGCUCUCCAAUGCCAAAUUGAUGAGCGAGGAACGUGGCGUCAUUAUCAACACAUCAAGGUUUUCCGUGAUCGACAUUCCUGUUAUCAAUAGUAUUUCUGCAGUCAACGGGUCAGGCGCUCAAGUAGCCUAUUCCACAGCCAUGGCUGCCAUAGCAGGCAUGACACUUCCCCUGGCAAGAGGCCUCGGGCGAUAUGGGAUUCGCUGUGUAGGUGUGGAGCCGGGGCUGUUCGAAAUUCCCCUCAUUCAAGCCUACGAAGACACUGUAAAUAUACUGAGCAAACUCACUCCCUUUCCGCAACGAUUAGGAAAGCCCGAGGAAUAUGCACAGCUCAUCGAGGUAAACCCUAGUCACCGCAUGAAGUGUAGCAAAUUAUCGAAAACCCUAUGA